AUGGACCACUCUGAAAUACCCGAACCCCCGCCGGUCCCCUCCCCCGAGCCAAGGGCUCCCAACAAAAUCGGCCGGUCCAAGACAAGUCCCAUCGACUCGGAAACGAUGGAUAGCUCCGGUCGCAGCAAUGGCCGCUCGUCGAUCGACUCGACCUCCGAUAGACCCAAGUCGCAAGCCGGCGAAACCUCGGAUUCCGCAAAGGCAGGUCCUAGCGGAUUUUCCAAGCUGUUGGCGUCGCGACGAAAGAAGAAGAAUAAGAAGGAAAGCCAGAGUAAGGUGGAUGAGCUGCCGACACAAUUCGAAAUUGAGAAUGAUAGCGACGCCCAGGAGGCUCGCUCCGAAUCUCGGGACGGAGCUUCGUCCGUUCUCGAAAACCCAGGCGCCCCGGAGCCGGAGGCCGUGAACUUGUUGACGGACGACUCUGAACCUGACCGAACCCCGCCCCUCACAAGUCACAAUUCACAUAGCGGCUUCUAUACGAGCUCAUCGCCUCUAAUUAACACCACUUCGGUAGACGUGGCUAACGAUACGGAUGGCGUCCAGGCCGAUGUCGAGUCCGCGAUUAGUGGACUAAGCGCCGCCCCUUCUCACUCGGAGUCUAACCCAGACACGGAGCUUUCCAGGCCCACUUCUCAGCCUACAGCAGGAUCAUUAAAUAUCCCGGGCGACCAAAGUAGUAAGAAGCGCGGCGUUUCCCCGGGCAGGCGAUUCAGGAAUGCCUUUAGUUCCAAUCCCGAUAAAAAGAAGGACUCCAACCGGGAACGAGCCUCUUCCACAGCGUCGGGCGAGAGCAAGAAAAGUACCGGUCCGUUUGGGAAUCGCGGCAGAAAGGCCAGCGUAUCCUCCAACAAGAAAGCGCCGUCCAUUAUCACCGAACCCGUGCCACCUUUGCCCCCUACAAUUCGUACCGACCUGAUAGACGACAAACCCUCGGAGUCUUCAGACGGCCCUAGUGGUCCACGAACGCCCCCUCACACAGCUCUCCCGGCUCCGCAGACCACCGUCACACCUCCCACCCCCCAGAUCGAACACCGUGAUCUCUUUUCGUCUCCAGACUCGUUCCAAUCGAAAGACUCGCAGCCGUCGGAGAUUGUCGUUAGCCCCUCGGGAAACAUGAUCUCUCAUCGACGUGUUCGGUCCGCCUCCUCUGCCAGCCACAAACCCAGCAAACUAUCGAACUCUAUAUCGGCUAUUGGACCGACUAUUGAGGAAACCAAGGUCGCUACGCGAACGCCAUCCGCUGCUCAGCAGAGUGGGUUCUUUUCUUCGGUCUUCUCCGCGGCGCAAAACGCUGCGACGAGUUUUAGCAACAGCCUCAACGCCCAGUCCAAAGCGCGCGGCCUAACCCCGGCAGAAAUGGCGGAAGCCGAUCCUUCGUUGCUCCGGCAGGGCGAUGAGGAUACCUCGCUGGACGCCAACAAGAACGAAGAUAGCAAACCCUCGGCCAUCGACACUUUAGGCUCGGGAGACUUGGAUUUCAGCCAUCUGGAUAUCGCUAUACCCCCUGGUGGAUCCGUCUCGACCCCUGACGGUGUAGUCAUUACCAAACCGGACCUGCCACUAGAGAAACGCAAGAACACCACGGUUCAUGAACGGGACGAACAGGCCGCGAAAAUUGAGCACCGACGCGCACAGCGUGCGGUUACUAUGGCCUACGAAAGACCUUCCGAGGUGUCAAUUGUGCCGCCGUCAGACGACAGCCUUGAGCUACGAUCUAGCGUGUCACUCCCGCGAGACCCCGUCGGCGACCAAACACCCCCUCCCGGUAGUGUUCUUGAUGGAGAAGGUGGUGGUACUCGGCCAACCCGAAGUGGAAGUGUUCGGAGCCGCUUAGCUCGGCGCCGUCACCGAGGCUCUUCCGGAGCCACUACCUCGACGAUCGGCGCCAUCGGAGCUAGUGCUAUUGCGCUUGGAGUGCCAGGGGCCAACACUAGUAUGCCGCGACUGACGGGGUUUGCCGUUGCUAGCAAGAAGCGGAACCGAGACUUUCAUUCACUGUUCCGCAGUGUGCCCGAGGAUGAUUACCUGAUAGAGGAUUACAGCUGCGCGCUGCAGCGCGAAAUCAUUCUUGCGGGCCGAAUCUACAUCUCGGAAGGCCAUAUCUGCUUCUCCAGUAACAUUCUUGGCUGGGUCACAACUCUGGUCAUCAGCUUCGACGAGAUUGUUGCGAUCGAAAAGGAGUCCACCGCCAUGGUGUUUCCGAAUGCGAUCGCCAUUCAGACAUUGCACGCCCGCCAUACUUUCCGAAGUCUGCUCAGCCGAGAGUCUACUUAUGACCUCAUGGUGAACAUCUGGAAGAUUAACCACCCUACUCUCAAGAGCUCUGUCAAUGGCACCAGGGUCACCGAGGGCACUGGCGACAAGACCGAGAAGGCUGGAGAGAGCGACGCGGAAAGCGAGGACGAGGACGAGGUCUACGACGAAGAUGAGGAAGGAGAUAAUGCCGAGAGCUUUUUCGAGCCAGAUGGCAGCUUGGACGGGAGUGAAAGAUCUGCCCCCGUGAAGGGGCCCAGUCGACAGGCUUCGGGUCUGCUCAAUGGCAACGGUGCGACAUCGACAGCGGCCGCUGGCUCUGGCGGCGACGCGAAGGGCAAGUCGGGCGAUGGAGACGGCGAUACCGACUUCCCUGGUCCUGCCACUCAUACUCCAACCGAAUAUACAGACCCCUCGGGACAAUACGACAAGGUCAUCAAAGAUGAAGUCAUCCCGGCGCCCCUUGGAAAGGUUUACUCCUACAUCUUUGGGCCGGCAUCGACGACAUUCAUGCCCAAGUUCCUUGUGGACAACCAGAAGUCUGGCGAGCUCCAAUUCGAGAUUGACAAGGGCGGUCUUUCCAACGACAAGAAAACCAGGAACUACUCUUACAUCAAGCCUCUCAACGGGUCCAUUGGGCCUAAGCAAACCAAAUGUAUCAGUACCGAGACCUUGGACUUCUUUGAUUUAGAGAAGGCGGUUCUGGUCACUCUGAGCACGCAGACUCCCGACGUGCCUAGUGGCAACGUGUUCUCGACCAUGACGAAAUAUCUAUUCACCUGGGCUCCCAACAACCAGACCCGAUUUCUCAUGACUUGCACCAUCGAAUGGACGGGCAAGAGUUGGUUAAAAACCCCUAUUGAAAAAGGUGCCAUCGACGGCCAGGGCAGUUUUGGAACGGAGCUCAUCAACGCUCUCAAGACCGCGGUUGUCCCUCGCCGUGCAGUUGCUAAGCCCACUGGCAAGGGCAAGGGACGCCGUAAGAAGACCGACCUGGUCGCAGAAGAAGCCGCUGCGGCGGCCGUUAAGGCAGCCAGCGAGGCCAACGCGCGAGAGGCCGAGUCGUGGGGAUUCCUCGAACCCCUGCAUCAACUGCUGGGCCCAGUGUCCGAUAUUGUGAAGCCCCUCUUGAGCGGCAACAUCGCUCUCAUGGUCAUUGGAGUUUUGCUCCUCGUGAUCUUCUUCCGAGGCUCGUCGCGAUCCAGCUCGGUAGUAUCGCAUGACAUCGGCUGUCCCGGCUACUCGUUACCACAACGUCUAGCUGCCUACGAGGAGAUGUGGCGGAGAGAAGAAAGCGAACUCUGGAGCUGGCUGGAAGAUCGGGUCGGCAUGGAUGGCAUGGCCUUCCCGACGGUCAACCGACCGGUUGAGUCGCAGACCCGGCAACGAUCUCGCAAGGUCCCAGGUGACCGUCAGGUUAUUGACAUGCUCGGCGAAGAGAAAAUGUCCGAUCGAGAAAUGGGCCAUGCCAUUCGCACGACGCGCGAGCGACUCGAUAGCCUGGAGAAGAUUUUGAACCAACGCAAGCUGCAAUCUGCCACCGAGCAGGGUGCAGAACAUACCGAACUUUAG